AUGGCGCCCGGCAGGGGUUGGGUGGACGCAUGCGCGGUGCGGCCUGGUGGCCUGGAGAUGGAGGUCGGGCGGAGUGAGGUGAUUGCGACGACACCACCAAGAGCCUGUUGCAUGGAGGAGGAGGAGGAGGAGGCUGUGAGUCAGGCCAGCAGUCCCGGCAGUGGGACCCACUUGUCCAGUGUGAGCGGCUUCUCACUGGGAGAGGCCAUCGUCCAGCGAGCAAAGCAGGGCACUGAGCUGUGGUCCCAGCUUCAGUCAGGACCAGAUACUGGAGAGCUGACUUCAGCAACGGCGGCCCGUCUGCUCACGGCAGGAGCAGAGCUCUCGCAGACCCUGGAGGAGGGAACCAUCACCGAGCAACUGAGCCCGCAGAGCCAAUCCGGGCAAUUCCAAAGCCCACACAUGUUCGAGAUGCAGGAGAGUGCUUUGUCCCCUGCCCUGGCUCUGGUUACUGCCUGCUCCACACAGCUCCUGGACGGUGACCUGUCCCAGUCCUUCUUUCAUCGCUCUCCGCUGGAGUUUGCCCCUCUGAGGGCUGCUCCGGACCUGUCCGUGGGCUCGCCGGAGGGAUGCGCAGGAGCGUUCCAGGCCAACAACUUGCUGCAGUUGCUGAUAUCGGAGGUUUCGGCGGACUGCGUGAGGGGCAGCCUGUCCCUGUCCCAGGAAGUGUCCCGGGACGGCAGCGAGGCCUUCCCCCUGUCCCAGCACCCCCUCAGCCCCCCGACGCCCAGCUCCGAGGACGACGACUUCACCCGCGCCGACUCCUACUUCCGCGACCAGCGCUUCAUGGAGCUCCCGUCCCGGCCCACGGGCAACGAGGGGGUGGAGGAGCCCCAGAACCCAACUGGAGCCCAGGACCUGUCCGAUGCCGAUCAGCGCAGCGGCCAGCCGGGGGGCGGGCAGAGAGCUGCUGGCCUGCAGGGUUGUGACACAGACGAUGGGGAGAGUUUGGAGCCCCUGUGGAACCUGGAGGAGUCUGACGGGACGGUCUCACCCUGGGGUCAACCAGUGGACGGGACGGAUCCGCUCCAGGUUCAGCCAGCGGCCAAGACCAGUCCAGUGUCGGGUCCUGGUGCAAGCAGCCGACCUGUGUCCACGGGGUCACCAGCGUGCAGCAGCGGCCAGGCUGUGGGUCCGGGGGCGAGACCGGUGACUCCCAGCACAGAGUCCCUCACCCCCAACAGCAGCAAGAACGACACGGCCAUCGAGGUGGUGCCGGGCGGGGGCGAUGUGCGCAGCGGAGCGGGGCAGGAGUUCGGGCUGUCUCCUGCACCCGCCCCCGCCCAGCCCAGCCGCCGGUCCACGCUGGAGGAGGGCGCGGUUGAGAACGCUCCCGGUGGGCAGGGACCGGCCAGACACCAGCGGGCGCCGCUGGCCCCGGUCUUUGCCACCGCCGGCAGUGCCUCGCCUACCCCUCCGGGCCGGAGCCAGUGGCCGACCUUCGACAGCCUGGUGCUGCAAGGGCUGAGGGGUGUGGCCCCCCGGCAACAAGCCUACCGUGCCGUGGCCGACUCCCUCAACCGCAUGCUGGCUCGGGCUAACGUGGGGGCAGAGGGGAGAGAGGGCCCAGAGCGAGCCUCCCCCCGCGCCCCCUCCCCUCACCCCCCAGCAGACCUGGGGGACAGAGAGACAGCCCCCGCGGGGUCAAGCAGUGACCGCGGCCACGGCCCAGCGGCGGCGACCCUCUCUCCCCCCGACCCCACACCCAGCGAGGGGCAGGGGCCCGAGACGGGCAGCAGGGGCUGGAGCUCCGUGCUGACCCCUCCUGGCCCGUACACACUGACCAGCGCUCAUGCCCACCAGUUGGACACCACCCCCACGGACGACGGCCUCCUCCCGCCGGGCAGCUCGCUGGACACCAGCCGGGCAGCCGAGCGCACGCUGACCAUGUCCAGCCACUCGCUGACCAGCCUGGAGGUGGAUAACUACGUGCCAGCGUGGGCACCGUCAACUCUCACCCCCGAAGCCAACCAAUUCAACAUCGACGACAGGAUACAGGUGUACCUUCGCAACCUGGGCAUUAGCCAGUCUCCCAGCAGCAUCCUGGCAUCACAAGGGCCCGACCAAGACGCAGAAUUCAACCAUGCUGAACUGAGGAAGUUGCCAGAGGAGGCCACGCGAGGAUAUCAGGGUGAAGAAGGAGUGUCUGCGCUGGACCGCGACUCUGGGAGCACCUUCUACUCGAACGUCCUGACCCACAGCGUCUCCAUUGGGCUGGGCUCGGAGGCAGGCAGCGAUAGUCCCCAGCCCACCCAGCCGUGGGAGGGGAGGGGGAUGGAGGCCGCUGACAGCCGCAGCCACUCUGGGUACUGGCUGGACCCCCGCGCCAGCUCCCCGCUCCCGGACCCCCACCUCUCACUCACGGGGGACUCGCUGGAUGAGAACGGGACGCUGACCCCUCCGGCCGGCCCGGCGGCCCACCGCUCCGGGGGCUUCUUCCCGGGGCUCGAUUCUCCCGGCCUCUCGCCCGCCGGCAGGGGAGCGGUGACCGAGCCCCCCUUGCCCAGCGCGGGGGGCUCCCCUCUCCCUCGUCACGGUGAUGACCCGUACCGGCGUGGCGAGUCCUUCGUCGGCUCGGAGACUCUGAGCGAGAUCCGGAAGCUGCUGGGGGAAGCGUCCCGGAUCUCCGCCUGGAGACCAGACCUCCGCUCGCACCGGUCGCCGUUCCCGGCCGAGACUGACCACGCACGGGAUCCUGGUGGCAGCUCCCGGCCCCUCCCCGAGGGGGCCACUCUGACCAGCCUCUCGCCCAACCCGGGCCCAGACCCGGCCCAACCCCCCCCACCCACCUCCGUGCCCCUUCCCCGACCUGGCGGGGCCUGGGCAGCAGCCAGCGGCAGCACCAAGCCCGGCAAAUCAACGGACGGCAGCAGCCGCACAGACCUGGCGAGUGCCCAACUGACCAGCCGGACAAGAGACCAGAGUCCCGUCACACUGACCAGCUACCGCUGCCCAGCCACACCGGAGAUGGACCCCAGGGCACAAGGCUGGGGACGAUCUAAAGGGUCAGUGUGGCCUCUGGACGCACUCUCCAUCCUCGACGAGGAGGACCGGAGGAAGAUCGAUGAAAUCAAAGCAGAACUACUUCACAAUUCAAAGACUUCCACCUCCCCACAGGGAACGUGGUGGGCUGGAGCCGAGGAUUCAUCGCUGAAGUCGGACCCCUCCUCGUCUGCAGACUCCAGCUGGCCUGCCCACCCCCUGGCAGGGCUCCCGUCCCUCGGCACAGCAAGAUCCCGGCCCCAGAGCCCAGCGGGAGGGGCUGCCCUGGGAGGGUCCAUGGGGGAACCCGUGCCCGUCCUCUCCGUCUGCCAGCAGGCACAGCCCAUUGCUGCCAUCACCUUCUCCUCCCGCAGGAAACCUUGUCACGCCAGCCCCUCGCCCUCCACUACACAAGCCGCCAGCCCCUCCGCUCCUCAAGCCUCCAGCCUCCUGCCCUCUGCUCCCCACCCAUCCAGCGCCUCAUAUUCUGCCCCCCUUCCCUCCAGUGCCCUGUCCUCCACUCCCCUCCCCACCAGCCUCCCACCCUCUGCUCCCCUCCCCGCGCCCCCUCCUGUGGACGCCGACCCCGCCCACGGCUCUCCCGAGGCCGGGCUCGGAGGGGAGGAGGGGUGGUGGCCGCGGGGUGACCCGUGGCCAGUGGGCAAGUCCAGCCGGGUGGGAGGGAGCCCAGCAGAGUCCUGCUCCCCCCCCCGCUCCCCCAUCCGGACCGUGAUGUCUCACGUCAGGGUCACCCUGUCCCCCAACCGGCCCGACACCCUGGGCACCCCUCCCUCGCCCCCGGGGAUGUCCCGGCUCACGGGCACAGAUGCAGAGUGGACGCGUCUGGUCUCCGGACGGCACCCCUCACCGGCACGUCCACAUCUCUCACCGUCACCUCCCCACCCCUCCUCUGCCCCUGCAGUGGCCCACACCGGCCCACCUUACCCCCCCCUGCCAAUGCCCAUGCCGGCAUUCUGGCCCUCCCUCCCCCUCUUGUUCGAGCGCCCCUCGGAAGGUCCGACCGCCGAGGCCGGGCAGACCCUCGGUCGGGACUGGGCGGGAGAGCGGGUUGCCGCGGUGAAGGACGGCAGCAAGGUGGACGUAUCCACACAGACGUCGGGGCUCGGCCAGUCGCCACCACCACCGGCACAGUGCCACGACUCCACCGAGGAAACAGCGCCGGAGACCACGGGAACCACCACCGUCUCUGGCCAUGCCGGACACACAGAUGUUCACCUGAUGUUGCCCUACAAACCGGCGGGCAGCUCGGAGCUGUUCUACGUCGCCAAUGCAGGGAUGAGGCGUAGAAUUGGCCUCGGGGACUCGGAGAACAGCAGUGAUGUCUGCAGGCCAGAUCCGCUUGAGGCCGCUCGUGAUGCCGUGCCGUCCCACGCUGGCCGCUCCAGGGGCUACUGCUCGCUGAGGGCAAGAGGGGAGCGUGGAGAGAGUGGGCCGGCAACAACCUCGUACCUGACCAGGGGCACGGAGGACAGAGGUGCCAGACGCCCCCGGACCCACCCCACCCACCAUGCUGCCGUCUCCGUGCCCCUGCUGACCAGAGACCCCGGGGGUGAGGGCUCUCCCCCCAGGGCUGGGGCGUCUCCCCCCGGGGGUGAGGGCUCAGCCUCGUGCUGGGCCCCGCAGCCUGGGGUGGGGGUGGGAGUGGGCAGUCGAGGGCAGGCCUGGCCGGGGGAGGUGGGGGCGGCAGGGUUGUCGUACAAGGAGCGGGCGAAGGCGGCAAGUAUAUUCCAGUGUUACAUGAAGUUCUGUGUGGAUAAUGUUGCCCGUGAGGAGGCUGUACACUGUUGCCCUAACAACAAGCCCUGGGUCACCAAGGCCCAUCUCAACCAGGAGAAUACGGCCUUCAGGAAUGGUGACAGGGAGGAGCAGAAAGACAUGAAGACAAGACUGAGACAGGGCUGGAGUGACGCGGAGUGUCGCAUCCUGUCGUAG